AUGCCGGGGGCCGCGCCCGCAGCCCCGCGCCUCUGGCUCGGCGUGGCCGUGCUGGGCUGGCUGGCGGCGGCCGGGGCCCGCCGGAGAGUUCUAGAAUGUUCUCCUGGUGGACAUCAGAUCCUGCAGAGCCCUUACCGAAGCGUGGGUUUUGAUUCUUCCCACCUCCAGCAAUCAGCUAUUCAGGAUUUAAUCUGUGACCAUUCCCUGACUCCAGGAUGGUAUCGCUUCAUGAUUUUUGAUAAGCCUGCUGAGAUGCCAACCAAGUGCGUGGAGAUGAAUCACUGUGGGACUCAAGCCCCUGUCUGGCUGUCUCUGAGGGGGUCAGAAUCCAUGCCUCGACCUGGUGAGAUCAAGCAGUUAACAGCUUGUGCUACAUGGCAGUUUUUCUUCAGCACUUCAAAAGACUGCUGUCUUUUCCGAAUCCCCGUCAGGGUGAGGAACUGCGGGGAUUUCUUUGUUUACUUUCUGCAGCCCACCCAAGGGUGCAUGGGGUAUUGUGCAGAAGUUGUUUCAGAUGCAAGGCCACAGACCUGUGAUCCUGAGGGAAUGGAAAUUGAAGGCAUCUGUAGCAGUAACCUGGCUCCUACAUCAUCUCCAUCUGUGUCACCACCACUUCCAUCCGUUCCUGAAGUUGUAGCAGAGAUUAUCAAAGGCAGCAUCUACCUGAGGUGUACCUUUGGCAUUCCUUUUGCAAACAGCUCUCUUGGAUUCAUUGUAACUUGGUCAAGACUUUCUCCUGAAGGUGUCAAAGAAGAACUUACACAUGAAACAGCAGUUCAUACCUUCUCACUUCUAGAACUUGAUGGGAUAAAUGUCAGACUUGGAGACAGAGUGUACUGUAGCAGUUCUUCUUUUUUCAUGGAGAAGCCAGAUAUACAAAGCUCUUCAGUUGAGAGCAAGGAAUUUUUUGCUGGAAUUAAGAUACAUCCAGAAGCAUAUGAUAUAUCAGAAGAUGGGAAGGAAUACAGACUGACAAUAGAAAGUAGCAUUCCUAUUCCUUGUCCUGAAUUUAGCCAGCUAAAAAGUGACUGCAAAAUCUCACUAACAUUAAACAGUGUUGAUGCAGGUAAAGAGCAGUUAGGUCUAAACUUGGCUCUUUCUUCUUGUCAUGUGGAUCUUCUCCAGAAAUCCUGCAAUGAUGGAAUCUGUAGUCAAGCUGUAAUUUAUUUCAGUGCUGUGACAGACUUCAUGCAGGAUGGAGACAGGAUUACCAGAAUUGCAGUUGAACCUAUAUCCAGUGAAAAUUUCCUGUGGAAUGGCUAUGUUCCAGAAAGCACACAGAUUACAGUUAAGGAUCUACCCACUGCCUACUGUUACUCAUUUACUGACCCUCAUAUAAUUACUUUUGAUGGAAGAGUCUAUGACAAUUUUAAAACUGGAACAUUUGUUCUCUAUAAGAGUACAUCUCGGGAUUUUGAAGUUCAUGUUCGCCAGUGGGACUGUGGAAGUCUUCACUACCCAGCAUCCUGCAACUGUGGCUUUGUUGCUAAGGAAGGAAGUGAUAUAAUUGCAUUUGACAUGUGCAGUGGUCAGCUCCAUGAAUCACAGCCACACUUAUCUGUAAUAAACAGAGACACAACAGGAAGCAAUGUCAGAAUCACUGAAUCCUACCUAGGAAGAAAAGUAACAGUUUUGUUUUCUUCUGGAACUUUCGUUCGUGCUGAUGUGAGUGAAUGGGGAAUGAGCCUAACACUUAGGGCACCCAGUUCAGAUUACAGACAUACAGUGGGACUCUGUGGCACCUUUGAUGGAAAUGCAGAGAAUGACUAUCACACUGCGAGUGGCAUGGAAAUCCCAAACCAUGCUAAUGUUCAUUUUUCUUUUAUUAAGGAAUGGAGAAUUUUACCAGGAGAGAGCUUGUUUGACAAGACACCUGCUUCAUUAACAUCUUCUAGAAAAAUGUUCUUCUGUGACUGUUCACGUGAAGAUACCAGAUUAUAUCAACCAGCAAACAAUCUGGAGACAGUUACUCAGUCAGAACCUCCUCUGUCUUGUAAAGAAAGUGAAAAUGGUAGAUUUCUUUCUUUGAUACCAGGACUGGAUGUCACUGCUGAGUAUCUUGGUCCUGCUGAUCUUGUCAGGGGCUUAAAGAAACGUUCAUCUACACAGGAAAUUGAUUUAUCUACACUUCUGCAGAAGCAGAAUAAUCAAACCAAACUUCACAAAACAUCACUAUUAAACUCACGUCUCUCUGCCACCUCAGUGGGUAAUACUGGUACUGAAAGAGAAGGAAGUUCAAGCUUAGACAUUAGGAGAAAUUCUCACCAUUACAGCAGUCAUUUUCACAGAGCUCAAUCUGCUACAAGUAGAGGGAAGCGCCAAAAUUAUUAUGAAUACCAUCCAGUAUUUGUCUUCCAAAGUCUCAGCCAAACAGAUUUAGAGGGAUAUAGUUAUUUUUUCCCAGAGGACCAUGUCACUGACACAGAUGAAAAGCUCCUUCCUUCUUGGCCCACACCUUCAGGCCUUACUGAAUCUAGUGCUUUGUUCCUGUGCCAGCAGGCAAUAGCUAAUUCCAGCAUAGGCAGGUCCUGUGCUGCCCUCCUUGGCCGGCGAACAGGAGAUGCCAUCAAUAUGUGCAUUAAAGAUUUGCUGCUGAAAGAUGACCUCAGUUGGACAGAAGCUUCCUUAGCUCUGCUGGAGAAUGAAUGUGAGAAAAGAAUUUUAGAAGAAAUAAAUUACAGUCCACAGGAACUUGAAGAAUCAGUUGAGAGCCUGCUUACUGCUUUGAAGUGUCCCAGUCUCUGCAGUGGUAAUGGAGAAUGUACAGAAUGGGGCUGUGCAUGUUUUCACGGCUACAGCUCAUAUGACUGCAGCAUACUGUCUGACCAGGCUCCAGAAAUUACAGAGUUGGAGAAUGCUGGGUUGUGCGACAUUCGACAGUAUGACUGCACAUCUGUGAGAGUGUUUGGACAUGGCUUCAGGGACUCAUUGAACCUGAAAUGUGAAAUCAUCAAAUUGCAAUAUAGUGAUAGACAGUGGAUUCCUGGAGAACCUUUAACUAUGCCAGCUGCCUUCCAAAAUGCCAGGACUGUUGAAUGCCAGUUACCAAGUGAUGUCCAGCAGUCUGAUGUAAUGGAUGUGGUUGAUGACAAACCCAUUGCCAGAUGGCAAAUAAAGAUUUCUAAUGAUGGAUUUGUUUAUAGUAACUCUAAAACAAUGAUAUUAUAUGAUGGAGCCUGUCAGACAUGUGAACCACAAGAAUCUGGGUUAUGUUCAUUAAAGGAGAAAACAUGCAACAUAGAUGGACUCUGUUAUGGUGAAGGAGACACAAAUCCAACCAGCCCUUGCUUACUGUGCAGACCUGACUUAGCCAAGUUAACUUGGUCAGUUGUUGAAAGUAACCAGCCUCCAGUGCUUGAAAAUUUUCAGGGUAUGCUACAGACAUUUUAUGGAGAAGAUUUUUUGUAUCAGUUUUUGGCUUCAGAUCCAGAGGGUUCUGCUAUUCAUUUCACAUUGGAUUCUGGUCCAGAAGGUGCCAGUCUUUCCCCAUCGGGUCUCCUUUCGUGGAAAGCUGUGUCAAUGAAUGUCCACAAAUUAACAUUUUCUUUGACCGAUGACUGCAAUGCAACGACCAAGGUAGAAAUAGAGGUCAGUGUAAAAUCAUGUGAUUGCCUAAAUAAUGGCUCAUGUGUGACAAACAUUCAUUUCCCACCUGGAAGUGGAAGAUAUCUUUGUGUGUGUGUGGCUGGAUUUGAAGGUGAUCUCUGUCAAGUGAAUACUGAUGACUGUAAACUUAACCAGUGUGGUAUUGGCAGAUGUGUGGAUGGAAUAAACAGCUAUUACUGUGAAUGUCCACAUGAACUUCAAGGUAAAAAUUGUCAAGAGGAUGUAGAUGAAUGUGCAUCCAGUCCUUGCUUCCCUGGAGUAUUUUGUUUCAAUACUUUUGGUUCUUACUAUUGUGGUCCAUGCCCAAAUAAUCUUCAAGGAGAUGGGAAGACAUGUCAUGAAAGAUUUGACAACACUGGUGUUGAAAGGAAGGAUUCCAAGGGAGAAGUUGGAGAGAAUAAAGGCUUUCAGCCAUCAUCCUUUGAGAAGGUUUUAAGCAUGUCAGGUUAUAUUCCCAGUUCUACAGAUGUCCCAAGGAGAUUUAUUUCUACAGAAAUGGUCACUAUCAGCACACUACCAGCCUCCACAGUAAAAACAAUCACUGCCUACAAGACACCUGAUUCACAAGGAAGUGCUUCUAUACAACCUGUGGUUACUGGAAACAUUGCUCGUGCUCUAGGCACCAUCAGUGGUCACCUUGCUGACGUAGAAAACAGUUCUUCGGUACAUGUUGUAAUGGCUGCAUCUUCAAGGAGCCAUGCUGUAUCACCUGAGAAGAAAACAAGGGCACAAGUUGAGGCCUUCAGCUAUUUUGAGAGCAGCAGGAAGACUUCCCCUAGCAGCACAGCAAGUAUAAGCAAAGGACAUACUUUGCCAAACAAAGCAUUCAAAGAUGGAAAUGCUCAAAGAGUUCUGCACCUAUUAGCUAAGCAACAAGCAAGUAAUUUACCUUUUACCCUUGUGGAAGUCACUGUCCCACCAAAAAUGCUUCCUGAAGAAUUGAGUGAAACAGUGAUUCCUAAAGCAGUGACCUGGUCUGAUUUACCCUGUUUUCCUGGCGUACCCUGUGAGCCAAGGCAGGAUGGAAGUGUCAAGUGUGGUCGUUGUCCUUAUGGUUAUUAUGGAGAUGGCUUCAUUUGCAGAGCAAGAUGUAGACAACCCUGUGGCAAAAAUAUGGAGUGUGUGGCACCCAAUAUUUGUAAAUGUAAGCCUGGUUUUGCUGGUCAUAACUGUCAGGCUGCUCUAUGCAGACCUGAUUGCAAAAACCAUGGGAAGUGCAUUAAGCCCAACAUCUGUGAUUGUUUACCUGGAUACAGUGGCUCCACCUGUGAGGAAGCACAUUGUAAACCACCGUGUCAAAAUGGAGGCACCUGCUUGGCCAGAAAUCUCUGCACCUGCCCAUAUGGUUUUGUGGGGCCAAGAUGUGAUACAAUGGUUUGCAACAGGCACUGCGAAAACGGCGGCGAAUGUCUCACUCCGGACACCUGCCAGUGUAAACCUGGCUGGUACGGACCGACCUGCAGCACAGCAAUGUGUAAUCCUGUGUGUCUCAAUGGUGGUUCCUGUACUAAGCCAGAUGUUUGCCUGUGUCCACAUGGAUUCUUUGGUGCCCGCUGUCAGAAUGCUGUCUGCAGCCCUCCUUGUAAGAACGGUGGUCAUUGCAUGAGAAAUAAUGUCUGUACUUGUCCUGAUGGGUACACAGGCAGAAGAUGUGAAAAAAGUGUCUGUGAGCCAAGGUGUAUGAAUGGAGGAAGAUGUGUAGGCCCAAACAUUUGCUCUUGUCCUUCAGGAUGGAGAGGAAAAAGAUGUAACACUCCAAUCUGUCUUCAGGAAUGUAAGAAUGGUGGGGAGUGUAUUGGACCAAGUACCUGUCAUUGUCCUCCACAGUGGGAAGGAUUCCAGUGUCAAACACCUGUGUGCAGCCAGAAGUGUCUGUUUGGAGGCAAAUGUGUAUUGCCCAACGUGUGCUCUUGUCGUCCAGGUUAUACUGGAGUCCUCUGUGGGAAGAAAAUUCAGGUACAAAGACAUCAUGGUUGA